AAACAAAGUAACAAAAACUAGAGAUAGCUAGCUAGGUUUAAUUGGAUAUAUGGCUGCGACUCCUGGAUUUCUCACAGACUGGCCAUGGAAACCACUUGGAAGCUUCAAGUACGUGGUUUUGGCCCCAUGGGUGGUGAAGAGCAUCUAUGAUUUUGUGACCACAGACGCAAGCAAAAGGGAUCCAACGUCGAUGCUCAUUUUCCCCUUACUCCUGUCCAGAUUGCUCGAUAAUCAAAUUUGGAUUUCCCUAUCUCGCUACAAGACCGCAAAAGGCAAAAACCGGAUAGUUGACAAGACCAUUGAGUUUGAGCAAGUUGAUCGUGAAAGAGACUGGGAUGACCAAAUAAUAUUCAAUGGAUUGUUGUACUAUGUGGCAAAUCACUAUUUGGAGGGGGCUAAAAAUCUACCCAUGUGGAGGACGGAUGGGAUUGUAAUACUGAGUUUGCUGCAUGCUGGAGUGGUAGAAUUCUUAUAUUAUUGGCUGCAUAGAGCUCUUCACCACCAUUUCCUCUACAAUCGCUACCAUUCCCAUCACCAUUCAUCCAUAGUCACCGAGCCCAUCACUUCUGUGAUUCACCCAUUUGCGGAGCAUAUUGCGUAUUUUACAUUGUUUGCGAUCCCGUUGAUGACCGUAACUUUGACGGGCACCUCAUCCUUAGGCGCGGUUACUGGUUACAUCACUUACAUUGAUAUAAUGAACAACAUGGGCCACUGCAAUUUUGAACUUAUUCCCAAAUCACUUUUCACUCUAUUCCCUCCUCUCAAGUACAUCAUGUACACCCCCUCGUACCACUCGCUGCACCAUACUCAAUUCCGAACAAACUACUCCCUUUUCAUGCCAUUCUAUGACUACAUCUAUGGCACGAUGGACAAAUCUACCGACACAUUGUAUGAGAAGUCAUUGCAGCGAAAAGAUGAAUCACCAAAUAUUGUGCAUUUAACACAUCUAACAACACCAGAGUCUAUAUAUUACAUGAGGCUGGGGUUCGCCUCCUUAGCUUCUAAACCACAUACUUAUUCCAAAUGGUAUCUGUGGAUUCUAUGGCCUGUCACGGUUUGGUCCACGCUGAUCACUCGGGUUUAUGGAAAAACAUUCGUAGUUGAAAGGAAUGUCUUCAAACAUCUCAAACUACAGACUUGGUCCAUACCAAAAUACAAGAUACAAUACCUUAUGGAGUGGCAACGCCAAAGUAUCAAUGGCCUAAUUGAGGAAGCUAUACUAGAAGCCGAGGCCAAGGGAGUGAAGGUGUUUAGCCUCGGUCUACUAAAUCAGGGAGAGGAAUUGAAUAAAUGUGGGGAGUUGUUCCUGAGAAGAAAUCCAAAACUAAAAGUGAAGGUGGUGGAUGGGAGUAGUUUAGCAGUUGCAGUGGUCUUGAACAGUAUUCCAAGAGGCACUACUCAAGUUGUUUUCAGGGGUAACUUCAACAAGCUUGCUUCCUAUCUUGCUAUUGCCCUAUGUCAAAAAGGCAUCCAGGUUGCCAUAUCUCAAGAGAAUGACUACAAGACGGUGAAAUCCAAGCUCAAAUCAACUGAUGACCACAAUAAGUUGGUCCUUUCACGAACUUACUACCAAAAGACAUGGUUAGUGGGAGAUGGGCUAUCCAAAGAAGAACAAAUGAAGGCAUCAACAGGAACCCUAAUCAUUCCUUACUCUCAGUUCCCUCCAAAGAAAGUGCGCAAAGAUUGCUUCUACUACACCACACCAUCCAUGCUCACUCCCAAAUAUCUCGAGAAUGUUGAUUCUUGUGAGAAUUGGUUGCCAAGAAGGGUGAUGAGUGCAUGGAGAAUUGCAGGGAUACUUCAUGGUUUAGAAGGCUGGAACGUGAAUGAGUGUGGGAAUGAAAUUUUCAACAUUGACAAAGUUUGGGAAGCCAGUCUCCAACAUGGGUUUACUCCUCUCAUGAAAUCAUUAGCGUAAUUUGUGCGUUCAUGUGCUUCAUGUUUAUAUAUUUUCUUUAAGCUUUUAAUGCUGAAUUAAGGGCGUUUGUGAGUCCAUUUAGGUUUACUCGUAUUGGAUAAAAUGAUGGCUAAUGUGUACUUUUCCUAUAAUAGCUUCCUAGUGCCUAUUCCACGAAGAAGGCAAGUUAUGUGAUGUCAAACAUUAGAGAAAGUUGACAAAUACCAUCACUUUAGGAUGCUAAAAUUAUCUAAGAAACCAUAUUCGUAUACUA